CUUUUCUUUCCAAUCAGCAGGAUUCGACUCUUGGGGGUCCUGCUCAAACUCCAAUGAGCGCGAAUUAAUAUGCCAUGCAAAGCGGAUAUUGCCAAUUAACCACAGUUGAUCGUCGAGUCCCCUGGUACCCCGUGGGGAUGAAGUGCGGAGAGCAUGGCUAAUGACACUUUGCCGUCGAAUCUCAGUUAAGAACAUGUCAGCAGGUGUUUCGGUUACCGGUGUACCCUUACAAUUUUAGGAUAUAAAGAGGUCAAGGAGGUUGUGUUGUGGGUGCGAGCAUUUCUCAUUUCUUCGUUGAGACACCACAAUGACUACUGAAAGUAAGGGAGAGAUGCCGCUCCAUUUGGAGCAAGUCCAGCCUCAAGACGUUGAAUGCGUGGGAAAGACCGAGCAGCCCAUCCAAAUCUCAGCGACUGAGGAAGCUUUUAUCCGGAGGAAGUUCGACCGUCGCGUUCUUCCGAUAGUCUGUAUACUCUAUGUACUGUCCUACUUGGAUAGAGGAAACAUUGGCAAUGCUAAAACCGCCGGCAUCGACAAGGACCUCGGACUAGACGACUCGCAAUGGGCUUGGGUCUUGAAUGCUUUCUAUAUAUGCUAUGUGCUCUUCGAAUGGACCACUGUGUUCUGGAAGCUUUUCCCUGCCCACAUCUACAUCACUGCGCUAUGCAUCUGCUGGGGUGCAGCGGCUAUGUGUGCUGGUGCAGUCAAUAAUAUGGCGGAAUUGAUUGUUUGCCGAUGCCUCCUGGGAGUGUUCGAGGCUGCAUUUGGAGCUGGUGCACCCUACUUUCUCUCAAUGUUUUAUCAGCGACGAGAACUCGGAUUUCGUAUCUCGUUUCUACUGGGAAUGUCCCCGGUUGCGAACUGCUUUGCCAGCGCGCUCGCCUACGGAAUCACACAUAUCAAGCACUCGACGAUGGAAUCAUGGCGGUUUUUGUUCAUUAUCGAGGGCGCACCCACCGUCCUAUUUGCGAUAGUUGUCUUUUUCUUCCUCCCCGACUCCCCCGGUACCGCGAAGUUCCUCUCCGAGUCCGAACAAACCACUGCAACCGAGCGUUUCCAGACAGUCGACCGUACAGCCAAGAGCAGACUUGACAAGCGUCAAGUUCUUGCGGGGUUGACCGACUAUAAGAACUACAUUCAUACCUUCAUCCAUUUCUGCUGCAACUACUCCUUUGCGGGCCUCUCGAACUUUCUCCCCACCAUCAUCCAGCAUAUGGGAUACACGUCGAUCAACGCCCAGGGGCUUGCGGCUCCUCCAUACUUUGUCUCAUUUUUAUUCUGCGUAGGCGCCGCCAUAUUUUCCGACCGAUAUGGGAAAAGGGGUCUUGUGAUCGUGUUCUUCUCUACAAUUGGAAUGGUCGGAUACUUGAUUCUUGCGGCUGUGCAGGACGAGAAUAAGGUUGGACCCCGAUAUCUUGGAGUCUGGCUGGCCACGUGCGGUGUCUUCCCUGCGCUCUGUAUCAACAUCACUUGGCUAUUGAAUAACCAGGGGGGUGACUCCAAGAAGGGCGCCGGCAUGGCUCUGCUGGCUGUGUUCGGGCAGUGCUCCAGCUUCGUCAGUAGUACUGCUUUUCCCGACGCGGAAGGUCCUAUUUACAUCCGAGGCUGUGCCGUUGGAUGCGCAUUGACGGGGUGUAUUGCACUCAUGGCAGGAGGGUUGUACUUGAAGUUGAACUAUGAGAAUAAGAAGCGAGAUAGGCUUUACGGGCCGGUGACUGACGAUAUACGCGUCGAUGUUACCAAGGACGGUGAUGCAAACCCCCAGUUCCGCUACUUGGUUUAGCUAUAUAUAAGCUGGAUAUGACAAUUUGUAGAUUAGUAUUAGGUAUGCGUAGUUGAAGUACUACUAUGUAGUUGACAAAUUUACAAUGGAGAGUGAAUAUAAGAGCCGGG